AUGCCUGAAGAGGUCCAAGCGGAUGAGGCCCAGCCUGAAGCAGAUGACGGAUAUCCUGGUGGUCCGGUUGACAAGUCUGUCCUAAGGACAUACGGGGAUCAUGUUGCGACACGACUAUGGGACGGCGUGGAUCGCGGAGAGUUAAGGGUUUUUAGCAAUGGCAAAAAAUUAAAAGAAGCUGUCAUUGAAAAUCAAGAGGUUGAUGAACUUGUUAAAAGUUCUGGUUUAUAUACAUUGCUAAAAUGCAACUAUGAGAUGAUCGACAAAGGUCUAAUUUCUGCCUUUGUCGAGAGAUGGCAUCACGACACCAACAGCUUUCAUCUUCCAAUUGGGAAGAUGACCAUUACUUUGGACGAUGUCUCUUCGCUGCUGCAUAUACCCAUCACCGAUGCAUUCUUCAGCGUUAAUAUAUUUAACAAGGAUGACGCUGCAGAGUUGUUAGGUGAGCUUCUUGGGGUGAGUCUGGCUGCUGCAUAUGCUGAGUUUAACUUGACGCGGACAACCACUGUUCGGUACAAUUGGUUGCUUGACGUAUACCAUCAGCGAUGUGCUGAUCAGCAUUGGCAGAUGGCUGCGAGGGGAUUUCUUUUAUUUUUGGUGGGUUGCACCUUGUUCAGCGACAAGAGUGCCUUCGCAGUGAGUGUUGCCUACCUUGAAUGUUUCAGAGACCUCAACUCAUGCGGAGGAUAUGCAUGGGGUGCUGCUGCGCUUGCUUACCUAUACGACAAUCUUCGAGAAGCGAGUAUGCAUCAGACUAGAACAGUAUCAGGGUAUCUAACACUAUUACAGGCGUGGGUGUAUGAGCAUUUUCCAACAUUAUGUGCGAAUUGUUGUAGAUUAUCUCAGGUUUAUGAUGAGGACUAUCCGAGAGCACUUAGAUGGAAGCCAAAACGUGAUAAAGGUUUGGUUGUUCCAUUUAGGAAAGCACUGGACGAGAUUGAUGUUGAUGGCAUAUGUUGGACACCCUACAGAGAGCAUAGGCCGAAGCGACCAUUUGAGUUUCUGGUAAUAUCUGCAACCAAUGUUGCAUGCGAUCCCUGGAAAUAA